CACUUCUAUGCGGACCGGCGACGUGUAAGCAACACUGUCUGUCUGGUAAUCAAGUUUUUGAUGAAAUAGUGUUUUGAAAUUUCUUAAAAUCAGGCAGGAUGGUGUGUGUCUGUCUCAUAACAGGACUUUGUAUCCUGUAUGCCUUAUGGGACCUCAACUACUUCCUCAGGUUCAUCUUCACUCUUGGAUUAGGAAGAAUUUUCAGCAAGAAAAGCGGGAUCAGAGAUAAGACUACUAUUUAUGGUCUAUGUACCACCCACGAUGUCGACAUCUUCCUGCGCCAUAUGAACAACGCCCGGUACCUCCGAGAAUUAGAUUUCGCGAGGUUCCACUAUUACGACAGAUCGGGUAUCUACGCCGCCAUUCGCCAAAGGGGCGGCGGAGCCCUUCAGGGGGCCUCCAGCGUCAGAUAUAGGCGCACCAUACCGAUAUUCACGAUGUACAAAGUCGAAACACAGCUCAUCUACUGGGACGAGAAAGCCAUCUACAUCCGCCAGCGUUUCAUAACCAUCAGCGAUGGUUUUGUACGAGCUGAAGCCUUGAGCAAACAGAACGUAGUCGGUGUAAGUCCUUUGCAAUUGAUGAAGGAGGUUCCUGGAGGUGCCGACUCUCCUCCAGAACCAUCAGAAGAUCUUAAACUUUGGCUGCAAUCUAUCGAAGCCAGCAGUGCUGCUUUGAGGAAAAAAGACUAAGAGGGAGUAGAUAGAUAGACUGAUUUAAGAUGAUGAAAUUUUAUACUGUUUUGUUUUUAAGGGGCACAACUAGUGUAACCGCCUGAAAAAAAAGUGAUUUUUGGGAAUUUAUAUUAUAAAAACUACUUUAUCAAUCAUUUCAAAAUUA